AUGGAUCUGAUGACCUCUGUGAUGAUCUACAUCCUACUCCCUCUCAGUGGAAUGAUUAUUUCAGCUUACUCUGGACUGUUCAAUCAUGUGGAUUUGGAUGUUGGCAUGGAACAUUAUGCUGAACCAGCCUGGUUGCCAGUUUGUAAUAUAAUGCCUUUGAAUUCGCUAGUGAAUCUAGGAUAUGUUGUACUUGGUCUUUACUGGUGUGGGAUGACACAUACAGCUUCUGCUUAUGGGAUUUUAAAAGAUAAAGACUCUGUACUGUUCUAUACUUUUAACAUAUCUUGUGUAAUUUAUGGCUGUGUACAGCUCCUUAGAAUUGUCACACAAGGUGUUCUUUGGUCUGUUCUAGAUCAAUGGUCUACCUUACCAUUCUUUUCGCUUCUUUUAGUUUGGGGUUUUUACUACCAGUAUGGGUGGUGUAACAAACGUGCAGCUUUUAUAAUGAUUGGCUCAUUAAUCAGCUACCUGCUUAGUUUGUGCUUUAAAUUUGGAUUUGAAAUUUCUUUAGGCUUCCAUAUUGUUGGCGCUAUUUGUGGGGCUCUGCUGGCCUACAGGCGACAUCCAGCACAAGGUGUUUUGAUUACUUUCUUGUUAGCUUUGAUUUCUUGUUUAGGAUUUGUCAUUCUGAAGCUUUUAGACCACAGGCUAGCCGAGCUGUGUGUUAUCUUCAGGUAUGUGUCAGGACAUUUUUUGAGUAAAGUUUGCGACAUUGCCCAGAUACAUUUUGUGAAUAAUUUUUUCCUAGCGCUAACUUUACAGAAGUCGGCUGAUAUAAGUGUCGAGAAGCAAAAACAGUAUUUUCAGCACUGUAAAACUAAUGGAUUUUAUGAAACAAAUGAUAUAAAAUAUGAGGUCUGUAGAAAAUUGGUUACCACAUAG